CGCCCCCCCCCAAGAUGGCGGCGCCCUUGGCGGAGCAGCUGCGGGAGUUGCUCGACCCCCGGCCCGCCCUGCGCGACCCCGAGGACGACGCGGAGGAAGCUACUGUUGCUAAAGUGAUUGACAGAUUUGAGGAUGAAACCUCAGAUGACAUUUUGCCUGUUGGUAACAUAAGGAAAAGAGUUUCAGCCUCUCUCUUGGAAGCUGAUAAAAAGUACAGUGGAAAAGCCACGUCUCGCAAAGCUUUGCAAGAAGAGCUCUGGGGAGAUGCUCUGUCUGAAGAAGGAUCUGUUGAAGAGGCACUAGAUGACUGGUACAGCGGCAGUGAAGGUUCAGAAGAGGAUGACAGUGCAGGCACUAAAGCAGAGGAGAAGCCCAGCAGUGACCAGGAGGAUGACUUGAAUGAUGGUGAAGAGACAGAUCCAUCUAUCAAGGACAAGGCACCAAAGUUCAGCUUCCAGAAUAUCACAGACUUCGAGAAAUUUGCAGAGGGGAUGGAUGAUGCAGGAAGCAGUGAAGGGGAAGAUGAAGAUGAAAACGAAGAUGAAGAUGAAAAUGAAGAUGAUGAUGCCAACAUGGAAGAAGGAAGUGAGGAGGAGGAAGAGGAAUAUGGGAGUGAAAACCACGACGAUGCAAAGGAAACCAAAGACAGUGAAGACGAUGGGGGGGUGAUGACCUUCUCCAAAGGCCAAGAGUCUGAAGAAGUAGAGAAGGGCAAAGCUGUGAGGAACCAGCUAGCACUGUGGGAUCUGCUAAUGGAGGGGAGAAUCAAGAUGCAGAAGGCACUGGUGACGGCCAACAGGCUCCCCCAGCCAGACACCUACCCCAGGUUCAGAGAGGAGGGUGGACAGCAGUUUGACAACGCUGUGGAGAGCUGUUGUAAAACUCUGGAGGCCUUGCUGAAAGUGCUGGUGGAGCUUCAGGACGAGCUGCUUUAUCAGUACCCAGGCACGAGGCACCUGGUGGAUGGAAAGCAAGCAAAAGCUGAGAGUGAGGAUGAAAUCCCGAGCAGCAGCGAUGAGGAGCAGGUGGAUAAGGCCCAGGAGAAGAGGAGGAGCCUCCCCAAGCGAAAGCUGAAGUUUGAGGACUACCCCGAGUUCAUCGCCAAGCGCUACGCGGAGCUCAGGCCCUACCGGAACAGCGUCCUGCAGAAGUGGCACGACAAGACAAAGCUGGCAACUGGCAAAAUGGGAAAGGGUUUCGGUGCCUUCGAGCGCUCCAUCCUGACUCAGAUUGAUCAUAUCCUGAUGGACAAGGAGAGAUUGCUCCGGCGCACCCAGACCAAGCGCUCCGUGUACACCGUGCUGGGCAAGCAGGAGCAGGAGCCCCAGCCAGCCCCCCAGCCCGGGCCUGAGAACUCGGAAGUGCUCCCUCCCUCAGAUUCCAACAGACACCUGAAGGACAUAGAUGAGGAGAUAUUUGAUGAUGAUGACUUUUAUCACCAGCUCCUCCGAGAAAUGAUCGAACGUAAAACCACUUCCCUGGACCCCAACGACCAGGUGGCAAUGGGCAGGCAGUGGCUGGCCAUCCAGAAGCUAAGGAGCAAAAUAAAGAAGAAGGUGGACAGGAAAGCCAGUAAAGGAAGGAGAAUCCGGUAUCAUGUGCAUAGCAAGCUGGUGAGCUUCAUGGCACCUAUUGACCACUGCGCAAUGAAUGAUGAUGCCAGGACGGAGCUUUAUCGUUCCCUGUUUGGAAAAAUCACGAAUGGUGAAGAGCUGGAGCAGAAUUAGGAUCAGGCCCCGGCUCCCGACGUCUCCUUGGCUCCCUGAGGCUGCCCAGGAGCAGGGCAAGGUCUCCCCAGCCUCUGGUCUGUCCCUAAAAUCCUGCCUGAAGGAACAUCAAACCUAAAUCAGAGGGAUGAGUGGGGACACUGAGCCUGGCUGAGCAUCCCCCCUUUCCGGCUUCAGUGCUUCCUCCCACACACAACCCAUUUUUAACUGUUCCCUUUAAAUUCCUGACCUUGAUUUUUGCAAUCUGGGCACAAUGCUGGGGGGAAGGGACACAAUCCAGCCCAGCAGGGACCACCAGCCCCCCCAUGUGGGUCCCCCACAGUUGUGUUGAACCCUCAGAGGUUUUGAUUUGGGAGUUGGGGGGGAUUUAAAUGCCCUGUUCUGGUCGUUGGCUGCGUAUCGGGAACGAGGGACUUUAUUUUUCACCAAGAGGAUUUAAAUGUCAUUUACAUAAUUAACAUGGCCUUAAAACAGAGCAAGGGUGCUCUCCUGUGCUGGGAGCUCCCAGUUCACAUUCCAGCUGUUGAAUGACCACAGGGACAUUUGCUGACCACACCACGGGGUAUGUUGGGAUAUUGCUGCCGUAGGAACCUCCCGGGGAAUUUUCCAGCCCUGCAUUGAUCCUGAACACUCAGUUCUUUCAGCUGGUCGUGACUCUGAACCUUUGUGUCUUCACCAUGGCCAUGACACCCCGCUGAAGGGUGUCAGCACAAUGUGAAACUGGGCAGAGAUGACUCACCUGAGGGGUUCGUGGGGUUUUAUACCCAAAGGUCAGAAGCAGGAUAUCAGAUCCUGUGGGGAGAAUUUGGGAUUCUGCUGUGAUCAGUCCCAAACUGAGGUUAUCUCCUGUGAAUAACACGUGUGUAGCAGGCAUGGCUUGUCCCACAGAGCUGCCCUGUCCCUGGGUAGUGUUUUGGGUGAUGUCAUUAAAAUGGUUUGUAAA